UUGGCUUGUUGUCAAGCAGCCUCGAUUUGGUCUCGCCGUCACGUGGAGAUCCGAGUAUAUAAACUUUUCAUUUAGGAACUUUCUUUAACAAUUUUCAUUCGUAUUUUUUUUCUAACGGAGAACCUGCUCCGAUAUUAAACAGAUAUCAAACACAGAAAAUCUAUGCUUCCUUCGACGGUGACGUCAUUUCAUCGCCAGUUACACAGUGAGCGCCGAUUCGGGAUGUCUUCGCCUACCUCUUGUGGUUCCAGCGGGGUCCCCGUGGCAGCCGUCGCCGGAGUUCGAGCAUCGUCUCCAACGUCGGCUCCGGCUUCAUCCUCCGGCACCGCUCAUCCAUCGGGAUCUCCCUUCUCGCCGGACCUCCAGGCUCAGAAGGUUCUUCUAGAACAUCUCUUUGAUCGGAGUUUGGUUGAAGGGGACUUCUGGUAUGUCAUCGUAGCCGAGUGGCUGGAGCAGCUGAAGAAGUUCGUUGGUAUCAAUAGCUCGAGGAAGUACUACGGCCAAAGAGCAUCGUCUCCACCAGGUCCUAUAGUGACGAGACGAGACUACGCCCACACUGUUGAUGUGGUACAUGAAGAUGCCUGGCGAAUGCUUGUACAGUGGUACGGACUUGCUGAAGGCCACAAGGCUAUGAAGCUUGUAGUGUAUAAAUAUGCACGAGGACCUGAAAUUGAACAUAAUAUAAAUUCGUUUAAAAUAAUGCUUAGCAGUUCACCACCAGAGGACUUUCACAUUGUUCGCUUCAGCAAGAUGGAGAAGGUGGGUCACAUUGAGUUCAAAGCUCGGCAGUUGUAUUCCAUUCCAGCACAUCAGAAGUCCCGGAUGUGGGCAAAACCAGAGGCAGACACCGAAUGGAGGCCGUUGUUUUACCGCGAUAAAUCCAUCGGCGUAGUUCUGGAUAUGGACUCUGAUUUUACAAGGCCGGUGGUUGCCUUGGAAACGAUGGACGAUGAAGGGAAGUGGACGGGAGCCCCCGAGAACAUGGAGCUGACGGAGGAGGCUGAGACCCACGGGCAGCUGGUAGAGCACAGCAUGUUCGAGGACGUGACGACCCCCUGGGAGCUGGACAUUCAUGAGCAGCUGGACUACGUCGGGAAGACGUUUCUAGAGAAGCUUCACGGGAACUUCAACGUGUUCGUUCAGAGAGCCAAAGAUUACAUGGAGGCGCGUGAGUGUCAGCUGAGGGAGAGGGAGCGUCAAGUGUGUGCGCGUGAGUCGGUGACGGAACGUUUGGGCACGAGGCUAGAGUUGAAGGAGCACAGGUUGAACGAGGAACUGGCCAGGUGCCAGGAGAAAAUCAAGGAAUACGAGAGCAGACGGAUAGAACUAGAACGCCAGUUCACAGAGAGGCAAGAAGAGGCAGAGAAACAAAUAGCAGAGAAACAGCUGGAACUGAAGACUCAACAGGAGGAACUUCAGGCAGAGAAGGAACAAUUUCAAGAGGAGCUGAAGCGCAUGUCUGACCUGAGAGAGGUACAGGAGAGCCGUAUCAAACUGGACAUUGGCGGGAACCAGUUCACCACAUCCCUUCUGACGUUAACUAAAGACCCCAACUCUAUGCUGGCGGCCAUGUUUAGUGGCCGACACGAACUGAAAACAGAAGCAGACGGCAGCUACUUCAUCGACCGAGACGGGACGUACUUCCGGUACGUGCUCAACUACCUGCGUGACGGCUGCAUCAAGGAAGGGACCCUGCCCGUGAGUGAGACCAUGUGGAGAGAGCUGCUCACGGAGGCCGAGUACUAUCAGCUGGAGGAGUUCGCCGCCUUCCUCAAAGAUCUGUUAAACAAAAAAGAUCCUGAUGGUUGAUCCCCCCACUCCCCACCCAUCCCGCCAUACCCCUGAUUGUUGCCUUGUUGACAGUUUGUGAUCUUAAAAGUUGUAAGAAAAACGUGCAACGAUACAAAAUAUGUUGAAUUGUUGCUUUAAUUAGCCGCACUGUUUAGAUAAAAAAUAUGAUCACAUCUGUAGGUUGAUACAUAACACAUUAUGUAACACAACGUGUAAUGUAGGUGUUCUGUUACUUAAAUUGUUUACGAUAUGUAAAAGUCGUUUGUUUGAAAGAGAAUAAAGCAGCUAAGAUUGAUACAAAUUGCUGCCAGAUACAAGUUUACAGAACAAAUUCGUGUUGCCAGACUGCGCAUUGAAUGACAUGGAGAACGGCUUUUAAGGACGAAACAAGGAAAGAUAAUUAAAAAUAAAAGGUUAAAGCGAAUAUUUUUUAGUCAGUUGUAUAAUGAAAUCAAAAUGCAACUAUUUAAUGUGGUCUUACGGUGAGCCGGUGAAUGAAUUAAUGAGCAGGUAUCCGGUAAUGCACCAAGACGAAUUAAUUAAUGACACAUUGUGUUGUUUCCCUUGUGAAAAGUAUUGUAGAUUAAAGGGAUAUAACACACCACUUUUGACUAAACAACAACUUUGCAAAAAUGUUGCAACUGUAUAGUGGUACAGUGUUGCCAGUGCUAUAAUUAAAAUAUUUAAACAGUAAGUUUCCAAAAUUUAAUCAAGUUUAUCCAGAACUAAUUUUAUUAGAUUUUUAAUUUAAGUCAAACUGUAGUUAAUAAACUUCCCGAAUGUUUAAAACUC